UGCAUGCCAUCAUUGAUCACUUCGUUCCUCAGUUUUCACACCUAUACUCUUGCUUUCUUGCGCCCAAGAAUUGGCAUAUUGUGAGACACAGAGAUGAAGGAAGAUUCGAAAAAGCAUUUGGAGAAAAGCUAUUUCGAUGUGCUGGGUUUAUGCUGUUCAUCGGAGGUGUCACUGAUUGAGAAGAUUCUUACACCUCUUGAAGGCGUUCACAAUGUCUCUGUCAUCGUUCCUUCGAGAACUGUCAUCGUGGUUCAUGACGCCACACUCAUUUCUCAGUUUCAAAUCGUUAAGGCGCUAAACAAAGCACGAUUAGAAGCAAAUGUGAGGAUGAAAGGAGUUCAAAAUUAUGGAAAUAAGUGGCCAAGCCCAUACGCCGUCGGAUGUGGUGUGCUGCUUUUGCUUUCAUUUUUGAAAUAUCUUUAUUCUCCAUUUAAAUGGUUAGCACUUGGAGCUGUCGCUGUGGGAAUUAUACCCUUAACUUUGAAAGCCUUUGCAUCUCUACGAAUUUUCAGAUUCGACAUCAAUCUUCUCAUGCUCAUUGCAGUUGGAGGAUCAAUUGCCUUAAAGGAUUAUUGGGAAGCUGGCACAAUUGUGUUUUUAUUGAUCAUAUCUGAAUGGCUGGAGGCAAGAGCAAGUCACAAGGCCACUGCUGUGAUGUCAUCAUUGAUGAGCAUAGCUCCUCAAAAGGCAGUAUUAGCCGACACUGGUGAAGAAGUCAACACUAGCGAAGUCAAAGUCAACACAAGGCUUGCGGUCAAAGCCGGGACCAUGAUCCCCAUUGAUGGAAUAGUUGUGGAAGGGAAAUGUGAAGUCGAUGAGAAAACACUAACUGGUGAAUCAUUUCCGGUGUAUAAACAAGUAGAUUCCAUCGUUUUUGCAGGGACACUCAAUCUAAAUGGUUAUAUUAGUGUUAAGACUACAGCUGUAGCCGAAGCUUGUGUAGUGGCAAGAAUGGCAAGGCUUGUUGAAGAGGCUCAAAACAACAAAUCUAAAACUCAAAGAUAUGUAGACGAAUUUGCCAAGUAUUACACCCCAGCUGUUGUUGUGGUAGCCGCCAGCUUGGCUGCUAUACCAGCUGCUAUGCGAGUUCACGACCUGGAAAAAUGGUAUCAUUUGGCAUUGGUUGUUUUGGUAAGUGCAUGUCCAUGUGCGCUUAUCUUAUCAACUCCAAUUGCAGCAUUUUGUGCGUUGUCAAAAGCUGCUACAUCUGGACUUCUUAUUAAAGGUGCCGAAUACCUCGAAAUACUUUCUACAGUCAAAUUUAUUUGCUUUGAUAAAACUGGGACAAUCACUAGAGGAGAGUUCUCGGUCUCAGACUUCCGUCCACUCAUCGACACUGACAAAUUGCUCUAUUGGGUUUCGAGCAUAGAGAGCAAGUCUAGUCAUCCAAUGGCUGCAUCACUUGUGGAUUAUGCGCAGUCUCAUUCUGUCGAACCACAACCAGACAAUGUGGAGGAAUUCAAAGAUUUUCCAGGAGAAGGAAUUUACGGGAAGAUUGAUGGGAAAGAUGUUUACAUCGGAAACCAAAAGAUAGGUGUUCGAGCGGGGUGUUCACAAGUUCCCACUCAAAUUAAUAACCAAGGAAAGUCGACUGGAUAUGUAUUUUUGGGAUCUUCACUUGCUGGGAUAUUUAGCCUCUCAGAUUCAUGUCGGAUUGGAGUAAAGGAAGCGAUUAAAGAACUCAAAUCAAUGGGAAUCAAGACAACAAUGCUUACGGGAGAUUGUGAAGAAGCAGCCAAUUUCGCACAAAACCAGUUAGGGGGUGCUUUAGACAUGGUCCAUGCAGGGCUUCUGCCCCAAGACAAAGCCACACUCAUUAAAGAAAUGCAAAGGGAAUCUCCGGUAGCUAUGGUUGGAGACGGGAUGAAUGAUGCUCCUGCUUUAGCAACAGCAGACAUUGGGAUCUCAAUGGGGGUUUCAGGAUCUGCGUUGGCAAACGAUACUGGACAUAUGAUUAUGAUGUCAAAUGAUAUCAGAAAAAUCCCGGUAGCUGUGAGGCUUGCAAAAAGAACCCGUAGAAAGAUAUUUGAAAACAUAUUUAUUGCUAUGGUUAUCAAGGCUGUUGUAAUAGCUUUAGCUAUUGCAGGUCACCCGUUGGUUUGGGCCGCGGUUCUUGCUGACAUGGGGACCUGCUUGGUAGUCAUAUUUAAUAGCAUGCUUCUGCUACGAGGUGUAACGUCGAGAACCAUGAAAAAGAAUUCUAGUUGUUUACGCAAUGAUUCACAAUGCUUAUCCAAUUAUAAGGUUAAAGACAAGUGUUGUGAAGCAGAUGAUUGUGGUUUAGAGGUUAAAAAAAAUUGUUGUGAUGUGGGGGGUUGCAAUUUAGUUGUUAAAGACGGUUGUUGUGACGUGGAUAGUUCUGGUUUAAAGGUUGGACGUAAUUGUUGCAAUAUAGGUGGUUGUGAUUCACAAGUUAAAGAAAGGGUUUGUGAUGUAGGUGGGGGUGGUUUUGGUUUAGAGGUUAAAGACAAGUGUUGUGAUGUAAGUGGUAGUUUUUCGAAGAUUAGAGAAAGGCUUUGCAAUGUGGGUAGUUAUUCUUUAGAGGUAAAAGACAAUUCUUGUGAUGUAGGUGAUCAUCGCUUAGAAGUUAAAGAAAAGUGUUGUGAUGUGGAUGGUUGUUGCACAAAGGUUAAAAGCAGUUCUGAUAUGGGUGGUUAUGGUUUAGAAGUUAAAGAGAAGUCUUAUGAUGUGGGUGCUUAUUGUUUAGAGGUUAAAGACAUGUGCUACAAGAUGGGUGAGUGUGGUUCCGAAACUAAGGACAAGUGUUGUGAUAUAGGUGACUGUGGAUCAGCGGCUAAUAAAAAGGGUUGUGAUGUGGGCGAUUGUUGCUCAAAGGCUAAAUACCAUUUUUCUGAUGUCGGUGGCAGUGGUUUAGAAGUUAAAAAGAGGUGUGGUGAUGUAGGUGCUUAUUAUAUAGAGGUUAAGGACAAUUGUUAUGACAUGGGUGGUUGUGGUUCAAAAGUUAAAGACACAUGUUGUGAUGUGGGUAGUUAUGGUUCGAAGCCUAAGGCAACGAUUUGUGAUGUAGGUGGUUGUUGUUCACAGAUUAAAGACAAGUGUUUUGAUGUAGGUGGUUAUGGUUUAGAAGUAAAAGAUAAGUGUCAUGAUAUGGAUGAUUAUUGUUUAGAGAUUAAAGAAAAUUGUUGUGAUGGGGGUGAUUGUCAAUUAGAAGUUAAAGACGAGUGUUGGGAUGUUGAUGGUAAUGGAUCAAAGGCUAAAGAAAAAGGUUGCGAUGUGGGUGGUUAUUGUUUAGAGACUAAAGACAAGUGUUCGGAUAUGGGUUGUUGUAGAUCAAAAACUAAAGGCAAGUUUCAUGAUGUGGGCGAUGAUUAUUUGGAGGUUAAAGACAAUUGUUGCAAAAUGGGUAAUUGUUGUUUAGAAGUUAAAGACAAGUCUUACAAUGUGGAUGGUUUUGGUUCAAAGGAUAAUGAAAAGUGUUGUGAUAUGGGUGUUGGUUAUUUGGUCUCAAAGGUUAAAGAUAAUUGUGGUGAUAUGGGUGGUGGUUGUGGUUCAAAGGUUAAAGACAAGUGUUGUGAUUUGAGUGGUAACUAUUCAAAGGUUAGAGAAAAUCAUUGCAAUAUGGGAAGUUACUCUUUAGAGGUAAAAGACAAUGUUUGUGAUGUGGGUAGUCAUGGUUUAGAAGUUAAAGACAAGUGUUGUAAUGUGGAUGAUUGUUGCUUAGUGGUUAAAGACAAUUGUUGUGAGAUGGGUGGUUGUGGUUUAGAAGCUAAAGAGAAGUGUCAUGAUGUUGGUGCUUAUGAUUUAGAGGUUAAAAACAAUUUCUACGGUAUAGUUAUUGGUGGUUCAGAAGUUAAAGACAAGUGUUGUGAUGUGGGUGGUUGUAGUUCAAAGCCUAAUAGAAAAAGGUUGUGAUGUGGGAGGUUCUUACUUAGAGGCUAAAGAUAAUUGUUAUGAUGUGGGUGGUUGUGGUUUAGAAGUUAAAAAAAGUGUCGUGAUGUGGGUUCUUAUUAUUUAGAAGGUAAAGACAAUAGUUACAAUAUAGGUGGUUGUGUUUAAAAAGUUAAAGAAAUGUUUUGUGAUGUGGAUAGUUUUGGUUCGGAGACUAAGGAGAAACUUAAUGAUGUGGGUGGAUGUUGUUCACAUUCUAAAGAAAUUUGUUGUGAUGUGGGUGAUUGUUAUUUAGAGGUUGAAAACAAGUAUUGGGAUGUGGAAGGUUGUGCUUCAUAGGCUAAAGACAAAGGUUAUAUUGUGGGUGGUUAUUAUUUAGAUACUAAAUACAAGUGUUUUGAUGUGGGUCGAAAGUUAGAGGCGAGUGUCAUGAUGUGGGUGAUUAUCAUUUAAAGGUUAAAGAUAAUUGUUGCAAAGAAAGACGGGGUGGUUUAGAAGUUAAAUACGAUUGUUGUGAUGCAGAUGGUUUUGGUUCAAUGGCUAAUGACAUGUAUUGUGAUACGGGUGGUGGUUAUUUUGAUUCAGAUUCAACUGUUGUGAUAUGGGUGGUGGUUGUUGUUCAACGGUUAAAGACAAGAAUUGUGGCGUAGGUAGUUGAGGUUAAGACUUUAGAGAUUCAAGAGGUAAAGCUUGUGCAACAACCACAUAAAUAAAAGAAAUUGGUACAAGAAACUAAAUGUUGUAAGGGAAGAAAGGAUUUGGAAUCUCAGAGUUGCAGCAAUCAGGUUAACGAGGAAUAAGAAUGCAACACUGAAUAUUCGUGGAUCACAUACGGUGAUUUGAGAAAAUGGUAAGAAAUUGUUCAAGAGGCAUGGCUUGAAAAAAAGGGAAUAUUGUUAUUAGGUGUUCCAAGAACCUUACAUAUAAUUGUUUCGGUACCAACUGUUUGGACGCCUAUCAAAGAUUAUGACCGAGUAAACAUUUUCCAAGAUAUCCUACUUAUAUAUAAAUCAUGAUGUAAUCUUUUUUGUAUUUGUAUUCAAAUAAUGUACUCCUUGGUUUUCUCUCCAAAAAAAAAAAACAGUUAAGGAUAUAAAGGGGAGACUACAACAUAUAUAAAUACAUACACAACAGUGU